AUGGAGAGCCGCGGCUUGACCCUCCGCAGCAAGACGCGCCGUGCUCGUCCCCAGAUUAGUGCUCCGAAGCCCAUAUCCGGGCCUCUUCCACCGAACAAUAAGGCUGCCGAUCCAAGCCAGGGAGCUACAAGCUCGAGCUCAGUGUCGCGCGAGCGCUCGAAUAAUAAUGGCGCCACCUCAGAUCUGGUCAAGCGGAGGUACUCUACCCGAUUCAACCAGGCUCCUGAAUUCGAUACGAAUGCCCCUCCUGUCCCUGGUCUCCCGACCGCAGCAGGAAAGAAUGAGGGCCUAAACCCCCCAGAACCCAACAGGAAGCCAUCGACCGACUCGUCUGGGCCCCCGAAAGUAGAUUUGAAUGCGCUGCGGGAUCCGAGUCUGCCAGUAGACAGAUAUGUCGCAAACCUGCUUGCCAAUGCUACGGAGGAGGAGAUUGAGGAGUACCAGAACAGCCUUCGGAAAGUGAGGAACAGAACAUCCACCGACCUUCAGCAGAAUGUAUACCAGAACCGUACCCAGUUCAUCAAGAUUAGCAAGGAAGCAGAGAAGCUUAAGGGGGAGAUGCGGACUCUGCGCACCUUGAUGGCAGAGCUUACCACCGCACUGAACCAGACUACUGUUGGAAAUGCGCCGAAUCCUAUGUCUCCGACGAGCGAUGACUGGCUACCGAAACGUCACGCGAACCGUAGUUCAGUCGCUAAUCUCGAGAGCAUGUGGAAUGUUCAACUUCAAACUCUCUGGAAGACUGUUGAAGGUUCGCAGAAGUUCUUACCCGUCGUGCCGGGUCGACAUAUCGUAAUGGAAACAGGCCAAUGGGUCGAGCUGGACUCUGCCACCUGGAAGCCUAGGCGACCCGUUCACAUUGUUCUUCUGAACGAUCAUCUACUGGUGGCUGCGAAGAAGCGCAAGCGUGUCGAUCAGAGCAACCCCAACCAUCGAGGGCCGGUCCCCACUAAGUUGGUUGCAGAGGAGUGUUGGCCCUUGCAGGACGUCGACAUGAUUGAUCUUGGCGCGAAUCUUGGCAGUGGUCCAGCCCGUGAAGAGGCCGAAGAGCGAAGCAUCGCAAACGCAAUCAACGUCCGUGUUGGUUCAAAAAUCUUUACGUAUCGUCAUGACAAACGGAGCAGCUCCGAAAAGAGCGAGCUCCUGGCCACCUUCCGGAAAGCAGUCGAGGACCUACGAAGAACCUUGCGAUCUGAAACGGAAGCAGCUACGAAAACGAACGAUUCAUUCGGAUAUGCGGGCGCCAGACAUUCCUCUCAUUCAACGAAGCCAGAUCUUUACAACACAGCCGAGAAUCCUCGAGACAAGCCCGAGGUUCGCAUCGACGUGGAUGGGAAACAGCAGAAUCUUCGAUGGGUGGAGGCACAAGUGGACGAACUUGACAUUGACAUCGCACUCCAACGGUUCGAAGAAGCGGUCUCAGGUAUCGAGCGACUUCGAAAGCUGGCCAAGGGUCUCAAAGGAAAUGCCGUUGCACAGGAAGUGAUCAACACCAAGGUUGAUGAGCGCGCCGCCAAACUGGCCGCAGUCUUAUCGCGAUUAUUGUCCGACACCCAUUCGUUCCUGAUGACGACCAAGACGAAUGUCACUUGGUUGAACCGCCUGGGUUUUGAGGGCCAGGCUCGGGAGGCCUACUUGGAGGCACGAUCGAAGGUAAUAUCCAAACGGGUUCGAGCAUGUGUCUUCGAGGGUGACCUGCCUCUUUACAUCUUUCAAAUUUCCUACGUUUACUUCACCCUGAUCAAGAACACUAUCAGUGUCUACCAGCAAUGCUUCCCGUCCGUCAUGACCAGUGCUUGCAUCAAAUGGGCGAAACACCACUUGGAUGGGUUUAAUGACCUCCUAACCCGGCAACUCAGCAGCGUACAGCGUGGCACGAGCGUUUGGCAGAAAUGUAUCGAUAUUGUUCAUGAACAAGCCGAUACGCUGUCUGAGGUUGGGGUCGACUUCACUGAUCUUGUGGCUAAGGGGCUAGAGAUACAGGAUGACGGUGGGGAGAAGCCGAAGAUGACUCGGUCCGAAUCUUUGAUAUCGGGACUGGCGGACGCUGCGCGGGAUCAUGGGUUUUGA